AAUGUAAGAAGAAGCCAGCUGGCGGAUCCUAUCCUAGGAUUUGCAUUACCGACAGUGUCAAAAAGUAUUGCAUAAAUGGAGCUUCAUUGAACAGUAUCCUCAAAAAUAAUUGACGGGUGUCGGCGUGCAACAAUUCGAGGAAAAACGAAACCGGUGCCAUGGUUGUGGGUGCGUUUCCUGCCGCCAAACUGGGUGUGCUUGCUAUGAAGCAAAUCUCAAAACCCAUUGCAACUCUACUUAAACAACGGGCCAAGAAUAGUCCCUUCUUUCGCAAAUACGUCUGUAUGCCACCGGCUCAGUUCUACAACUGGAUGGAGGUCAAAACAAAAAUGUGGGCUAUGAACCUAGGAAAACCGACCAAUGUACCGGUUCUUAACGAAGCAAUGGCUAUUGAACUGGGAGCAAAUCUAUUAGGCGAAAUAGUGAUUUUUGCCAUUGGCGCCGGAUUACUUUUGUUGGAGUAUCAAAGACAAGUGCGGAAAGAGGCCAACAAGGAAGAAAUGGUUAUUCAAGAGAAGCUUGAACUUCAAGCUACAAUAAAUGAACUUAUAUUUCAGGUGCAACGACAAGAUACGCAAAUUCGGGAAAUGGCAAGAGUAGUUGCAGAUUUAGAAUCUAAAUCAUCGUGGAAGCCCAAAAUUCUUGCCGAUCUAACGAACAAGAAGAGUAGCUCCGAGCAACCUCUUUACAUCCCGGAUAGGCUAACGUCUACCGCGGACAACAAUCAAUCUUCCGUCAGUACUAACACUGGACUGGUUAAAAAAGCGUUAAAUGUGAUUGAAAACGAAGUUUUUUAUAGAGUCAACGACUCGCAUGAAGACGAAGCAGCAGAAACCGAUCGAACGGGUGUCGUCACGAGAGCGCUAAUUUAUUUGUUGAACAAAACUACUCACAGUAGAUAGUUUUGUUGUGGCGGCUGAAAUAUAACUAUUAGGUUCAUGUUUUGUAUAUAGACACCAUACAAUAAAGUUCGGUGAAGUUCCAAUAAUAAA